AGGAUCUAGCGGAAAGGGUGAUGAAGACGAUAAAAAGCCAGACUUGUUUGAUAAGGAGAUUGUUCCGCAUUUGAUGGAAUUUGCAGCCGAUCGAGCUGCUCAACGGCAGUCAAAGGCUAGUGCAGGUGAGAGCUCGAAGUUUACAAUAGCGGUCGAGUCCAAUGUCGACGAGGACAGAGAUCUACCUGCACUGCCAACAGUUGAAAAGGCUUCGACAGACUUGCUCAAAUCCAUUUUUGAACCUUCGGACGAGUCGGAACUUAGUGAGGAUGACAGCGAAGACGAAAGUGACGAUGAAGAACGCAAUGAGGUGCAAAGUGAAGCGAAACAACGGGAAAAUUCAGCUAGAUCAACUUCGAAGACUUUAUUGUUGACGCGUAACUCAGUUGAAGGUCAACGACGUCAAUUGAGCUCAGAGGAUUCGAGUUUAUCCGGUGAAGAAGGAAAGAAUGAGGAUACGCGAGGCAGGAAGAGAUCCGGGAGUGUUGACAAUGUCUCCGUUCGAGAAGCUAAACGAUGGAAAGAGGAAGAAAAGAAGAAGCGCAAAAAACAUAAGAAACACCACAAACACCGCUCGUCGCGAGACGAUAAGGACAAGAAAAAGGACAAAAAAGACCGAAAGUCGGAUAAACAUCGCUCGUCGCGGCACUCAAGGCGACGUCGAAGUCGGAGUGCGGAACGAAAUUCUCGUAGUAGACGGCACUGAUGUUCUCCAGUCGUAUAAAGAGCUGGAUAGUGAGUAG